AUGCCUAAGAAGACCACAAAGACAUACACUUUAAAGGAAAUACGUGAACACAACACUCGGGAGUCGGUAUGGCUACUGAUCCACAACAGUGUCUACGAUGUGACCAAAUUCAUAGACGAACACCCGGGCGGAGAGGAAGUCCUAUUAGAGCAGUCCGGAGGCGAAGCCACCGAUGCCUUUGAAGAGAUCGGACACUCCAUGGAUGCCAAGGAUAUGAUGAGUGAAUACAAGAUCGGAGAGUUGUGUUCGAGUGAUAAGACAAAGAUGACCGCAAUUGGCAAGAAUAGCACCGACUCUACACCGACUGUCCUAUCGGGUUAUAGUAAGGGUUGGAAGUCGUGGGCCCUACCCCUCGGCUUUGCUGUAUUCGCCAGCAUU